AUGGUCGCGGGAUGGGACGUCAGUCUGGAAGAGAGCAUGAGAGGAAUGCUGCCGAAGAUGGCAAGGUCGAUUGCAGGAAAGAAGCUUCCGCCAGUCCCAGCUGGCCUGGCCGGGGUGAAGGAUGAGAAAGGGAAACCACCGACAUCCAUCAUGCUUUUCUACCAGUACGUGGAGCCAGCAUGGACUGCCAAGCAGCACCGGCGGGCCCUUGCCUUCGUGCACGAGCUUGGCCGCAAGCACGGCGUGACUGGUCGGGGUCGCUGUUCCGCUGAAGGCUUGAAUUGCACGCUCACAGGAACUGCAGAAGGCGUCAGGGCCUUCGCGCAAGGACUUCGGGAUUGGGAUUCAUUGUUCGAUGACACAGAUUUCAAAAUAACAGAUGGCCUAGACCACCACAAGAAGUUCAAGAGCUUGACAAUUCAGAAGAAGGAGGAGCUUGUAGCCUACGGCUUGCCUGUGAGCUCUGCUCCGUCCUUGAAAUCCAACGAGACCAAGCACAUAGAAGCAGAUGAUUACCACAAGAUGAUGUCCGAACCGAACACCGUCAUCAUCGAUGUAAGAAAUAGAUACGAGACGGAGAUCGGGCACUUUCAACCCCCACCUGGCGGCGCGGAGUUCGUGGAUCCGAAGGUGCGCAACAGCCACGAACUCCCGAAAUGGCUCGGGCUGCCAGAGACGCAGGACAUGCUCAAGGGCAAGAAGGUGAUGAUGUAUUGCACCGGAGGAAUCCGCUGUGAGCGCUUCUCCGCGCUGAUGUCCCAAUUGAAGCAGGACAAGCCUGAGUUCGAGACAGAGGGGGAGUUCAUGCUGCGAGGUGGGAUCGAGCGGUACGUGCGAACCUUUCCCGAAGGCGGCUACUGGAAGGGCAAGAAUUUCCUCUUCGACAAGCGCCAGGAGCAGAUUCCGGAGAAAAAGCCUUCGGAGGAGACCGAGAAGGAGGUUGAGAGCCGCUGCUGCGUUUGCAAACGCAUCUGGGGGCUUUACCGAGGGCAGUUCAAGUGCUCCGUGCAGGACUGCCAGGUGCCCGUCAUUGUGUGCCCAGACUGCCGCUCCGAGAUUGAGACCGGGCAGAAAGUCCCAGAGCUGCAGUGCCCGCUCUGCGAGGAGGGCUUCCGGCUGCGGGACCUCCACACGCCCGCACUGAAGCCAGCCGAAAAGCGGAAGGCAGCGUCCGCUCCGGCCGGUGUUGCAGAGCGGGCGGUGAAGCGCAGAGCCAAGCAUCAGGGCAAAGCGCCUUCGCAACGACUCUUCGUGGGAAGCAUGCCUCUGGCAGUUGAUGCAACUAUGGUGCGUGAUGCCCUCGGGAAAGGUGUCGAGAUCGUCCAGUGGAUCCAUGACAAGACCACCGGUCUCUGGUAUGGGUCCAGCUUUGUGAAGAUGGCCACCCUAAGCGACGCUGAAAGGGUGGUCGAGGCUGCAGGUAGCCUGCGAAUAGGCAAACGAAAGCUGCGCAUCAACUUCGCACCGGUGCCAGAUGGGGAGUCUUGGCCUCCCCCUGGUUUUGAGCAGGUGGAGCGACCGCCGGUUCCGGUUUAA